AUGCGUCCUGGGGCGGCGAUUCACCUGCUUUGGGUUCUUUUCGCUAUCCUCUCUGUAACCUCUACUGCUCAUGCUGAUUCUCUUCAAGGGAGGGCUCUUUCCUACCUAUUCAGCGAUCCUGUAGGCAGCAGCUCGUCUGCACCGCCUGCUUCUUCUGUGUCGUCGGCUCCCCCUCCAGCCCCAGUUAAUAACGCCGCCUCGUCCAGCAAGCCAGCUCCAGCUUCUUCACAACCUCCAGCGCCAUCCUCGGCUGCUCCGAAAGCGAACCAAAAUGGCUCCACGCAGGCACGUGGGAGUGCAUCUCCGGCGGGCGGAAGCAAUAGCCCUGUGUCGUCGGCCCCCGCGCCGGCAUCAGGAUCCAAUCAAGCACCUGCGCCAGCCCCAGCAUCACCAUCUGUGAACGCUUCCUCGAGUCCCUUGUACCCGGCCGUGUCGGUGCCAGUGGCGUCUUCCACGUCUGCAGCGUACGAUGUGAUGGCUGUACCGACGUCAUUCCCGCAAGCCAAUGUGAACGUGACGUCCAAUGUGACGAUCCCAGCACCUAGUGUAACGGCCACAUGGAAUGGAACAUUGCCACCGAUUAUUGGAAACAUGUACCGUGGCUCGGAGGAAGCUAAAUCGAACUUGCCGACGUUCUAUUACAACAUUGCGAACUCGUCCGUCUCGAAUGACACCAAAACGAUGAUCUGCCAGAUGCAGACCAACUUCUGCGCCACAGCCGGCUGCUCGGACGACACGGAUGAGAUUUCUCACAACUUCUGUGAUGUGUCUCACGGUAUGGCUACAAUGUGCACAUGCAAGAAGAGCUUAUCUCGUCUUCCGCAGUACCAGUGGCCCGUCCAGUCGCAGGACUGCCUCCUUCGUAUGCAGCGUUGUGUGGAUCUGUGCAACAACCAGCGCGAAACGCCUUUCAUGCGACGCUCUGUCUGCAUGCAGAGUUGCCAGGAUCAGAUUGGAAGCAGCUGUGACAAGACUGUGCAGUAUGGUGUGUCUUACAUGGUUGACAAACCCGGCAAACUCCCAACGUAUCAGUUUGUUGAUCAGUCGCAGCCACAGAGUGCAGGCGCUCGCCUGUAUGUCAACCUGGCGCUCAUGUCCUUUACCGCCUUGGCGACAGGUGGCUGGCUCGUUCUUUCAUAG